GGGAUGCUGAAUUGUAGGUGAUGAUGGCGGAAGGGGAGCAGCGCUGAGUUUCAUCUGAGUUUCCACCACAGCUGUAGAACCGUCUACAACAUCGUUUCUCUCCGUCGAGACCUAUCCCGAGGCGAUGGGGAACGAGGCCAGUAUGGAAGGGGAGGGACAGGCGGGACAGCCCGGCCCCGCCGUGCCUGCAGCAGGGGCUCCGGCUUCCAUUUCAGCACCACCGGACUCUGGACAGCUCAUCAAACCGAGCAAUGGAGCGCCAGCCGGAGGAAGUGGGGCUGCACCCGGCCCGGGGAUUAACAGACCACCCCCGUCAGACCCAGGCCCUAAAGCAGGAGUCCAGAGUGGUCAUGGGACAGGGGACCGGUUGGCCUCCCACGACACUCAUCAGCAUGCCGCCCCUCAAGGAGAGCAGGGCCAGGGUCAUGUGGCGCGGAAGAGUCUGCAUGUGGAUGUGGGGAGCAGCAGGACGGGGCGGUCCCCCUCUGUGUCCCCGGACAGAGGCAGCGUUCCCACAUCCCCUUACUCUGUGCCACAAAUUGCACCUAUGCCUAGCAGCAAGCUGUGCCCGGUCUGCAAAACCACCGACCUGACGGGCAGCGGGGACGACAAGCCCACCUACAACACCUGCACUCAGUGCUGCUCCAUGGUGUGCAACCAGUGCGGCUUCAACCCCAACCCGCACCUCACAGAGGUACAGGAGUGGCUGUGUCUGAACUGUCAGAUGCAGAGAGCGUUGGGGAUGGACAUGACCACACCGCGCUCCAAGAGUCAGCAACAGAUACACUCUCCUUCUCAUGCAGCCAAACCAGAACUUAAGCCUGAUCCUUCAACUCAAACACAUCCCACCCCUCAGACGCAGCCCCCUCCUCAGACGCAGCCUCCAGCGCAGGCCCAACCUCCAGCGCAGGCCCAUCAUCCAGCGCAGGCCCACCCUCCAGCGCAGGCCCACCCUCCAGCGCAGUCCCACCCUCCAGCGCAGGCCCAUCAUCCAGCACAGGCCCACCCUCCAGCGCAGGCCCACCCUCCAGUGCAGGCCCAUCAUCCAGCACAGGCCCACCCUCCAGUGCAGGCCCAUCAUCCAGCACAGGCCCACCCUGCAUCGCAGGCCCAUCAUCCAGCUCAGGCCCAUCCUCCAGCGCAGGCCCAUCCUCCAGCGCAGGCCCAUCCUCAGGCCCAUCCUCCAGGACACGCCCAACCUCCAGCUUCUGGUCCUACCAGACAGACAGGUCCUGGUGGCCCGGGUCAGCAAAAAGUGAGACUCCCUCCAGGGGCAGUGGCUCUCCCCGGCAUGGCCAAGGCCCCAUCUCAGCCUGAUCUGUCCCACAACUCUCCCGCCCACCAUCCCCAGCACCCCCGCCAGGAUCAGACUCGCAGUGCGGGGAGCUCCCCUUCGCGGCAGCCGCCGCCUCCAGAGCAGACUUUUGGGAAGUUGUUUGGUUUUGGUGCUUCUCUUCUUAACCAAGCCAGCACUCUCAUAUCUGAGACUACUCAACCCCAACAACCGCCACCCAAAACGGCGCCCAAACCAGGGGGACCUCCUGGUCCAGGGCCUGCGGCGAGUAAACCCUCAGGACCCCAGCCCGCACACCAAGGGCCUCGAGGCCCUGCUCAGCAGCAACAACAGCACGCUUCCCCGGAAGCCUCUAAACCUAAAGCUUCUUGUCCUCUCUGCAAGACAGGCCUCAACAUCGGCAACACAGCAGAGCAACCCAACUACAACACCUGCACACAGUGCCACCAGCAAGUGUGCAACCUGUGUGGAUUCAAUCCAACUCCACACCUCGUCGAGAAGAAAGAAUGGCUGUGCUUGAACUGCCAGACGCAGAGGGCUCUGUCAGGAAGCCUGGGAGAUACUCCAGCUCCUGCUGCACAGCCCAUGGGAUCCCCCCGGUCACCUGCUACAGCCAAUCAACAGUCACCUCAGCAGAAAGGGCCAAAUCAACUUUUGGGGCCUAGGCCCACAGGUCCUCAACAACAGAAACCACCGGGUCCCCAAGUAAGUGGCCCUGUCUCUCCUGUGAAACAAGCUGGGCCUGCCCCUCAUAUCAAGGGGCCAAGCCAAGCUUCCCCUCAAACCAAGGGCUCUGCCCAACCUAAGGGUUCGAGUCAGCCACCUUCCCAAACUAAGGGUCCAACACAACCCUCACCUCAGAGUAAGGGUCCUCAAAAUAAAGGUCCUAAUCAAUCAAAUGCUCCGAGUAAGGGCCCUGUUCAGUCUGCUAACCAGACGAAGGGCCAAAGCCAGGCUAAAGGGCCGACUCAGACAAAGGGGUCUGCUCAGCCCUCUGCUCAGACCAAGGGCCCUUCUCAUCCUCCUGGUGCCAAGGCCCCCCCCGGUAAGACUACCCCUAACCAUGCUAAGGCCUCUCCCACCCCAUCAAAAACAGCACCUACUCAGUCUAAACCCACAGGUAACAACCAAGCACGCAAACAGAUGCAGAGCCAGGAGAAGACAAAAGUCACAUCUAAAUCUCUAAAAGAAGACGUCAAGGCACCACCAAAGAAGGCCUUGUCAGAGACUGUCACUUCACCAAAAGACAUGAAGAUAGUCGACGAUACACAGAAGUCAAGACACCAUGAAGAUUACAACAAAUCAAGUACACAGAGUCUAAGUGACACUGGCUACUCCUCAGAUGGGAUCUAUAGCUCUCAUGGGGAGAUUACAGGACAGAUCGUGGAAGAAGGAAUCAAGCUCAGUGGUUCUUCCAUCCCCUCAGAAAUCAAAAAGCUAGAGAGCUCCAUGAAGCCUCUACUGGAGUCAAAGUCAGCAUCAAACAGGCCACACUCGCUGUCUGUAGGACACGGUCGGGACUACAAUCCUGAUGAUGAUGAUGCAGCAAGGGAUGAAUCAGAGGAUGAACUAAGUUGUAAGCUUCGUCAUGAUUAUGUAGAAGACAGCAGCGAAAGUGGUCUCUCACCAUUGCCAGUAAGACAGAAGAAGUCCCACAAAGAGUUAACAGAUGAGGAGUUCAUGAGGAGGCAAAUUAUGGAGAUGAGUGCAGAUGAAGAGGAGAUGGAAGAACAUGAGAACCAAAAGCCAAAAAGGGGACAUAAAGCAAGUGGAGAUUUAAGCAAAGAGAGACGACGACUCUCUCAACAAUCUAAUAGUUUUGAGGAUGACACCAAGGCAUCAGCGUCAAAUGAAGAAGAAGAUGUUGUAAUGGCCGGAGGCCUGCGCCGUUUUAAGACCAUUGAGCUAAAUAACACCAACAGCUACAACCGAGACAUGGAGCUCAGUACAGAGCAUGACCUACGAGAACCAGAGCUAGAGAUGGAGAGUCUGACAGGUUCACCUGAGGAGCGGUCUAAGGGAGAAUAUUCAUCGACCCUACCUGCAACCACUCCCAGCUACACCUCUGGAACUUCCCCUACAUCUGUGUCCUCCAUGGAGGAUGACAGUGACAGCAGUCCUAGUCGUAGGGCAAGACUAGAGGAGGCAAAGCAGCAGAGGAAGGCUCGACAUCGGUCACAUGGGCCACUGCUGCCAACCAUCGAGGACUCAUCUGAAGAGGAUGAGCUCAGAGAAGAGGAAGAACUACUAAGAGAACAGGAGCAGAUGAGAGAUCUAGAGCAACAGAGAAUCCGAAGUACUGCUCGAAAAACCAAGAGGGAUAAAGAGGAACUACGGGCACAGAGACGCAGGGAAAGAUCCAAAACUCCCCCUAGUAAUCUCUCACCUAUUGAGGACGCAUCACCAACAGAAGAACUGAGGCAGGCUGCAGAGAUGGAAGAACUUCACAGAUCAUCAUGUUCUGAAUAUUCGCCAUCGAUGGACUCAGAGGCAGAGGGCUAUGAAAUGAUUGGUGGAAAGCUUUACAAAUCAGGAAAUGAAUAUAACCUUCCAACCUUCACAUCACUUUACUCGCCUACAGAGAAGACAUCAGCAACCUCACCAUCUGAUAAAACAUUAAAAAGUGCAGAGGAGGUCUAUGAGGAGAUGAUGAAGAAAGCACAGCUAAUGCAGAGGCAAGGAAAUACAGUUAAUCAGCAGAAAGGGCCUUCUCAGCCUGACAGUAAACAUAAUCUUGAAGCAGGAACUGUAUUAACCCCCGGGUCAAGCCCAACACAGGUUACUGCACCCAUGUCCUUUUCCACAACAGGGAGUGAUCCAAGAAUUCCAGGAAUUCAUGCAGCACAGCAUCUCUCAAAAGAAACACAAAAUAGGAUGAUGACACAGAGUGCCAAAAUUGAAGGUGUUGUUGGUGUUGCCACAACUAAAGCCCAAGUCAAUCAGACUGCCACAGCUCGACAGGCAGGUAGCACAGGGCCUGCUAGCAACAGAGCAGGCCCCCACAGGCCAACACAGGCAUCACCUGACCCCGGAGCAUCGUCCCUAACCUCCAAAGUCUUCUCCCUUUUCAAAGGUCCCAGCCCCCCGGUCUCCCCCAGUGCUUCUCCAUCACAAAGCCCAACACAUACGCCAUCAGUAAGACCCACUAGUAGUAGUGGCAGGCAGUUGCCAUCUUUGCCUGGAGGUCGUACAUCGGCUGCAGCAACCCAUGGAGCACAGGCACCUCAAAGGGCAAAUUCCCCUCGUCUUGCACGACAACAGUCCUCUCAAGAUUCACCAGUGAUGGUGAUAACCCUAGGCUCUAAUACAACUAGUCCUUCCAAGCCAAUCACUGUAAAUUCUUCCACUUCCCCUUUGUCAUCUCCAACACAAAUUAGUUGUAAAACCUUGUAUAGCUCCCAUCCCCCUUCAACAAGUUCCCCAACAUCACCACAAAUGCAUCCAUCAAAAAGGUCCCCUAAACAUUCUUCACAGAUGGCUCAAAAUGUUGAAAAGGUUAAUGUUGGUAUGAGCACUGUAAAUGCACACAGUCGUGGUUCUAUGGAGAACAUAUAUCUAGGCCAAAUCUCAAAUAUUCAAGGCUCUUCAAUAAUUGAGUCUCAGGGUCAAACUCAUCAAAAUAUUAACGUGGUGGAUCUGAGAGCCCCAAUGAGGCCAGCUCCAAUUAUAAUGACAGACAAAGGGAUGGACCUAACAUCCAUUGCCUCUGAUACAAGGAGAUACUCUAUAGGAGGAGAGCAGCCAUCUGGUCGACACACAGCAGUGCAACCUCUUAUUAUGAACCUGAAUGCACAAGAGCAACCACACAUAUCUGUAUCAACACCGACCACAGUUAGCGUCACAGUUGCAAGUUCUAUGUUCAUGUCCCGACCUAAGCAUCAAAUUGUGUAUGGAGAUCCUUUGCAAAACCGUAUGGAUUUGGGCCAGGGUGUUGGAUCGGCUGUGUGUUUAACCCAGAGCAAGCCGCCAAUUACUGACCCAUCCAUUCCCAAAAUUGAUGCAUGCCUGGAAAACCUGGGUAUACAACAGCAACAACUGCAGUUACAGCAGCAGAAGCUCCUGCAACAGCAACAGCUUCUUGAGCAGCAGCUCCAGCAGCACCACCAGCAAUCUUCUUUUGCUCGUUACAAUUUAGCUAAUCAGGUCCAGCCACAGCUGAUGAAACAAGACCUUGUAGUAAGCCAGACAAGCAGUGCCCAGCCUGCAGUGACUGCUAGUACCAUUCCUAGAGUAUCCCCGCUGGCUCCACAGUCAUUGUCUGGGGUUCUUGCUUCUAAUGCUCGCCAUGAAGUCUAUAGUGGAGAUGCCUUGGAGCUUAAAAACAAACCAACAAUAAUGAACUUGUCCACAGGUAAGCCCCAUGUUUUGAUGGUGCAACUUGAUGAAAGCAACACAUCACAGGUGGGCACAGUGACUCAACUGGUGAAGAGAGAGGAACCUCCUCCCCCUCCUCAGGUUUUAGAUCUCACUGGUCAGAUUAAACCAGAAAACCAGGUGGCGUGUUGUGAUGUUGUUUACAAAUUGCCCUUUGCUGGUUCAUGUUCAGGGUCAUUCACUCAGAAGCCUACAAAUGUAUCCUCUGAUAAAACCCCCACCAAUGAAACCCCCCAAGCAAACCACCCUCCCUACCCACCGCAAUACAAUGUCAGCCAACAACAACGACAACAACCACAACAACCACAACAACAACCACAACAACAACAAAAACAAAAACCUCACGCUACACAAGCAGUGACAGAGGAACAUAAGCCAUAUCAACCACCCAACCUUCAACCUUCAAUGUCUGAUACCAAUCUGCCCUCCAUGAUUGAAGGUGGACACUAUCAGAGUAAUGUCCAGGGGGGUAUGGCAGUAGAUCUUAGCAGCAUGAAUCAAGGUUAUGAUGGUGGAUACCUUGGAAUUGGAGCACAGUAUGGAUCUUACACAGACUUGCGCCACCAAGGAGAUGUUUCAGGCCCUUCAUUACCCCUUCGCCGAUAUGGCUCCAUGUCAAAUAUCAAUUCCGACUAUGCCUACAGUUCACGUGAUCAAUCAGGACCACCAGACUCAAAUCUGGCCCAGUACAGUGCAACCACUGCCAGAGAAAUCAGUCGCAUGUGUGCAGCUCUUAACUCUGCCGACCAGUAUGCAAGCCGGUAUGGAAAUAACCCUGAAUUGUUGGCAUAUGGGGCUGGUGGGGGUGGACCUUUAGCUAGGCUAAAUCUCCAGCAAAGCUUAGCUUCUAUAAGAGCAAACCUUCUGUAUGGCCAAGAUGGAAGACCAACAGCAAAUGGCCAAACAUUAACAAAUCUAAUAAAUGCUAGACAAGCAAGUAUACGUGCUUUGUACCCUGCUGCUAUGAGAGGAGGUGAUGGCAUGAUAUAUUCCACCAUUAACACUCCCAUAGCCUCCACCCUGCCAAUUACUACCCAGCCUUCUUCUGUCAUGCGUCCUAUGCCUAGAGGAGUUUGCAGACCAUACCCAACCGGUGUGACUGCUGUACCAUUGGCUAGCCUUACCAGGUUGCCUCAAGUGACUCCAAGAAUGCCUCUGUCUACACAGGGAAUGUAUUCCUACCCUCUCCCAAAUCAGUAUCCUACUUCAGCUACACCAUCAGGAAGUGUGCCUGAUACAAACAGCUCACAGCAGGAAACUCCUGUGUACCUUGGAAAGCCUUUAACAACAGUCGCUGCACAAACAGCUGCAACCAUUCCACCCACCCAAGCUGUGGCACACUUGGGAGCACAACAUUUACCAGCAUCUAGUAUGCAGUCUAUGGCAGAUCAACAGACAGAUCGGACUCGCUUUACCUCACAGAAUGUUGCGUCCCUUUCUCAAGCUCAAGUCCAACUUCCAUCUGUCCAGCCAGUGCAGGCUCAAAUACAGAUACACCACCUACCCACUCAAACCCACCUACCCACUCAAACUGAACCUCUAUCUUUGACUCAAACUCAACCUCAAGGACAACCCAUCAGUCAACCUCAACCACUGCCACAGGUUCAACCAGAGACAUCACAUGGCGCUGCCCUGGCACUGAGUUCUAAACUUUCUGCCCCCACAGAUGCUCAGUCAAGUAAGGAAAAUGAAAGAUUGAGCCAACAACAAGAGCAUGCGCUGCAGCUCGAGCGAGAGCGGGUUGAACUAGAGAAAUUACGGCAGCUACGGCUUCACGAGGAGCUUGAAAGGGAUCGCGUUGAGCUUCAGCGACACAGAGAAAAAGAACAACAAAUUGUUCAGCGUGAGAUUCAAGAACUGCAGACAAUCAAACAGCAAGUACUACACCAACAGCAGGCAGAACGGGAAACACAACUGAUCAUGCAAAGAGAACAACUGGCCCAGCAGAGAAUGCAGCUAGAACAAAUUCAAUCUCUGCAACAUCAGCUCCAGCAGCAGUUGGAGGAGCAGAAAAGACAAAAGACAGCAGCAGCAGAGGCAGCAGCUGUGGCAGCAGCAGAGGUAGCCGCCGCGUCAGCGGUGGUGGCCGCAGCAGCAUCAACUGCUAAGGGUGCUAUACAAGGGGUAGUUGUUGGAGGAGGGGCCCCUCAAGGUUUCAUUAUUUGUGACCAGAGUGGUAGGGUUAUUCAACAAGAUGCACAGAGUGUUCAAUUUUGGCAGGAUGGACAAGUGGUCCAAGCUGUGGUGGCUGCUCGACCUAUUCAAAGUUCUGCCUCUGAGAUGUCUUUGAGAAGCAGUGACAAACAAGCUGAUUCCAAGACAAUGAAAAAGCAGAAUUCCAUGCCUCGGCUGAGAGAUGGCUCAGAGGAGGACCCUGGGAAAAAGAUUACAGACAGCUGUGUGCAAACAGAUGAUGAAGAUGGAGAGGACCGAUUCAUGAACAGACGUAGGAGAACAAGGCGUAUUGCAGACAGCAGUGUGCAGACUGACGAGGAGGACCAGGGAGAAUGGGACCAGCAGCCAGUGAGGCGCAGGCGAUCACGUGUAUCCAAGCACUCAGAGUCUAGUGGUGAGGCUAAAUCAGAAGCAUCAUCUAAAGUGGCUUCUGCAAGUAUAGCUAGUCAGACCACAAAUGAUUCAUCAUGCCAAACAGAGCCUGACCAAUUAGGAAGGAAUUCGCCUGCAAUCCACAUAACAAUGGCAGAGACCUCAAAGGUUGACCUAUUACAUUACAUUGCGGCCCCUGAAAGGACCCACAAAGGAGAGAGUCUGGCUUGCCAGACAGAACCAGAGUCUCAGUCACAGGGUGUGGUUGCCCCUCAGUUGAGUGUCCCUACAACUAUUAGUCCAUACUCCACAAGUCUGCACAUAGUAGGUGCAAACACAUCUGACCCUACGUCUCCUAGGCUCCAAGGAGUUGCUAAAUUUGAGAGGAGGAAACCAGACCCACUGGAAAUUGGGUAUCAACAAAAUGAUUCUCCAUCUCGCCAGCCCCCUAAAUCUCCCCAGGUGCUAUACUCUCCUGUAUCUCCUUUGUCUCCUCAUCGCAUGCUGGAGACAACAUUUGCCUCCCAGGAGAAACUAAACAAGGCCCAUGUUACACCACAGCAGAAGGCCUUUACUGCUGAAUCCCCCCAGCGUCACCAAAGCCUACCAAGACCCAUAAAGAGUGUUCAGCGCUCCAUGUCGGAUCCAAAGCCUCUCAGCCCAACAUCAGAGGACCCUGCCAAGAACAGGUUCUCCCCAUAUCAUCAGCAAGCUGUUUCCAACAGUCAGAUGGCCUCCCUGCAGCAGCAGCAGAACUCUCUGAUGAGGAAAAUAAAGAGGACUCUCCCCAGCCCCCCUCCAGAGGAGUCUCCGCUCCCCAUUGUUACUCCAGCACAAAUGUACAGCUCCCCUGGCAUGCCCCAGAGGGUCCUACCGAGACCUGCCCAGGGAGUCACCAAGGCUGGCCUGCUGAGUGAACUGAAAGCUGUGGAACAAGAGUCAUCAAAGCUUCGUAAGCAGCAGGCUGAACUGGAGGAAGAAGAGAAAGAGAUUGACGCCAAGCUACGUUACUUGGAACUAGGGAUCCACCAGCGUAAGGAGACCAUGGUGAAGGACAGGGAGAGGAGGGAGCUGGCUUACUUGAGGUGUAUGGGUGAUGCACGGGACUACAUGUCGGACAGUGAGCUCAAUAACCUCAGGAUGGUAGCUGCAACAGGAACCUUUGAUGGUAAUGGUCUGUUGACAAGGCCCAGCACUGCACCAUUGAGCCAGUUUACCAAUGACCUCAAUCCAACCUCCCAGUAUCCCUCAACCUCAUCUUAUCCAUACCCUCAAAGUCAACCAUCAAUACAGCAGCCAAGCUCUGCUUACCAACAGAUAGGUUUCCAGCCUCCUCAGUACCCUUCAUCCUCUGCACCUCAGCCAGGAACGUUCCAGCCCCAUCCCCCACCAGGCCCAGGCUACCAGAACCAGGGAACCUACUCCAAUCGCAUGUAUGCUCAGACCUCCUACCAGGCAGACCUUGGCAUGCAGCAGCAUGGUCACCAGGGCUUCCACCCUCCCGGUCAGCCUAUACCCAGCCAGAGCCUUCCUUACCCCAGCCAGAGCCUUCCUUACCCCAGCCAUAGUUCCUACCAACCCAUACUCUCCUACCAGCCUCAGGCAGAUAUCCUUACAGUCCAUCAAAGACCUCGGCAAACCUCUUUGGCUGACCUUGAGCAAAAACUUCCGACCAACUAUGAAGUCAUCAGCAACCCAUCAGUGUCAGUGGCCACAUCAGCUCCAGAUACUAACUAUGGCUCAGUCUACAGCAAUGCAUAUGGACAGUACCGCCCCCCGGAGCCUGGGCUGACGCACUCUGUGGAGAGCCCCACCUCUGCUUAUGCUUCAGAUGGAGUCUACACCUCUAACCUGGAGCAAAACAUUCCCAGGAACUAUGUUAUGAUCGAUGACAUCAGUGAGUUGACAAAAGACGGCACUGGCCAACCUACUGAUGCUCUAGGCCAUAAUGCCGGUGUGCGGUAUCGCAGUGAGAAUGGCCCUGCACGUGGGAGUGCCUAUGGUAGACCAGAGGAUGAGCCUGUGGACGCUUAUGGUAGGCCUACAGGAACGGCAGGGUACCAGAGUACAGUGGACAGUCGCACAAGCACCACAGUAAGUGGCGGCUCUUCCAAUUACUAUGAUGAUUAUAAACACCCAUCACGGAGCAGCUCCAGUAGCCACAAAGUCACACCCAAGAAUCUCGCCCCUGCAGUUGUCUCUUCUAAACGUAGUAAGCACAGGAAGCAGGGAAUGGAGCAGAAGAUUUCAAAAUUCUCCCCUAUAGAGGAAGCAAGGGAUGUGGAAUCAGACCUUGCCUCUUACACAAUGACAACGUCAACAGGAGGCAGCUGUACGGUUGUGUCCAGAUCCAAGAAGCCUCAGGACGAUGUCCCCUACGGGAUGAAGAAGAAUGCAUACGACCAGCAGAAAUAUUACGGCACCAGUCGUGAGGGUCUUGAGGAGGAGGACCGCAUGUACAGCUCUGGUAGGUCCAGGUCUACUGGAUAUGGCAUGGAUAAGAUUUCCUCCAGAGAUGCCACUGGCCACAGAAGUAAAUCCUACGAGAGGGAUGCCAUGGAGCGGUCUCAGCGAACCAGCCGAACCGGAAGGCCUCCCAUGCGCAGCCAGAAUUCAGAAGAGGAGAGUCCACUUAGUCCUGUUGGACAGCCUGUGGGCAUUGGAAGAGGCACUGACGUCCCUGAAGCCCAUGAUGUGAGGAACCAGUAUGGCUCCAGCCAUUCCCUUCCAGAUGUGCAGGACCAUCAUAAGAAGGACCUGCCUAGGAGUCAUGUCUAUAAACCAGAUGACCCUUACCUCGUAGAUGACAUGCACUGUGCUGUUUCUGACAGUGAAGCCUAUCAUUUGGGCCAAGAGGAGACUGAUUGGUUUGAGAAGCCACGGGAGGCCCGUUCUGAUCGCUCAAGACAUCAUGGAGGUGGAAGUCACUCAUCCACAGGCAGGCGUGGUAAACACACCUAUCAUGAUUAUGAUGAACCUCCAGAGGAAUACUGUCCCCAGGAUGAGUACAACCAACAACGCCACCCCUCUUCCACAACACCACGGGAUCACCGCCAACACAGCGGCAGUUCCGGCAGACACAGUUCUUCUCGCCACUCCUCAGAGGAUCCCCGGUCGUCCCGUUCUUCAAGGGCCCACCCCAAAGACCCAUCCAUCCGCCCCGAUGGCAGAGGCUCUUCGUCUGCACAAAGAAGGAGUGGUCCAGACUCCCGUUCUGCCCAGGGAAGCCCACGAAACUCAGGCGACUUUUCACGUGACCCAGCCUCCAGUCAUCACCAUGGCACUGGGGGAAGGAGUCAGAAACCCCCAGGAGACCGCACAUCCUCCAGAAGGCAGGAGCCUUCUGCAGCAGGGCCUAAAACACAGCAGCAGCAGCAGCAGCAGCCGCAGCAGCAGCCGCAGCCGCAGCCACAGCAGCCACAGCCACAGCAGCCGCAGCAGCAGCCGCAGCAGCAGCAGCAGCAGCCCUCUCAGGGCCAUGCUGGGCAGCAGCGACCAGGUGGUCAAGGCCAGUCUGGGAGACAUCCAGGCUCCGAACCUCUCGAAGGAAACCAGCAGGCCCAGCCGCAGCAUCAGCAGAGUGCUCAACAACAGCAGCAGCAGCAGCAGCAGCAGCAGCAGCAGCAGCAGCAGCAGCAGCAGCAGCAGCAGCAGCAGCAGCAACAACAACAACAACAGCAGCAGCAGCAGCAGCAGCAGCAGCAGCAGCAGCAGCAGCAGCAGCAGCAGCAGCAGCAACAACAACCCCUGCAGCACAGUCAGACCCCUCAGAGCAGCCAGCCUUCAACAGUAACCACAGGUGCUGGACCGGCACAGCAGCAGCCCAAACCCGGCCAAGCCCCACCGCAGGGACGACAGCCAGGAAUAGGGUCUGCAGCAGGGCAGCCGACCACCACAGCGGCAAAGAUUGAUGCCACACCUGCAGCAGCAGCCACAGGAAUUAAACCUACAACAGGAGGCCCACCACCUCAGCCUACCAAAAUUGCUACACCUCCUCUUACAGGCAUUGGCUCCAAAGCCCCUGUUGGAAUUGGAAGCAAACCCGUAGUCAUAGGCAACGCUGCAGCAGGACCGGCUCCUGCUGAAGGGGACAACGUUCUUACUAAAAUCCUGCAAGGAGGGGCAGCAGAGCAGGCUGGAAAACUGGGAGAUGCUUUGUCUGGCUUUGGGAAAAAGUUCACUUCAUUGUGGUGAACUUAGGAGAGGAGGAGUUACGAUGAGAUGGAUUGGUAACUUUGUACUUGAAAACCUAUGAAACUGCAUUACACACAUUUCACCAUACAGAGGCAACAGAGAAAGAGACAUCCAGCAUCAAACUGGAAUCAAAUGAUGCCUUGUCAGCAUUGAAUUCCCCAGACAUGGGCACACGAUUGAAGUGAAUUAAAUAAGGGUGAUCGCUUUGUCAGCACGGUGUUUCAAGACAUGAGCAGAGGGCUGAAGAGGGCUGAAGAGGGCUGAAAGAACGAUGAUUGAGGAGACGUCUGAUGCCUCAUUGGACCAAUGGACGACGAGAACAGUCAAUAAUGAGGAUAUGGAGAAGACAGGGGGAAGGGGGACUCGUGGUCUGCUUCCCCCUCUUUUCUCUUAGAGAAAGUCUCCUGGGAUUUCUGUGACAGUGAAAGGCCCGUUAACUGAGGCACCUGGAUAUCAUGGGAGAGAUUCAGCGUAUUUGGUCGUGCAUGGCUCUAAAAAAAACGUUCAAUAAAGGAAGCCCCACAGCGCCCUCCACAGGGAUGUUGAUGGAACACCACUCAUGUCUGAGGAGUACACAUCUGGCAAGGAUAUAUGAUUUUUUUUAUUGACUUCUUCACAGCCUCUUCAUGCAAAACAAAGUGAAAAAAACUAAGACACAUUUUCAUAGGUUUUCCUCGUAUCAAAGAUACCGAUCUUAACCCACAACAAUGACAGCACAUACCUGGAGUAGACGAGGUGUAUCACGGCAAUGACAACCAACUUAAUGACUCCACUACAAUUCUUGAACGCUUGGUUUCUCGGAUCUCUGCAGUACAUUCCAGUAUAGGGAAUUUGACCCUUUCUUUGAAUGUGUUUUUAUUUCUCCUCCUCUUGUUUUGAUGUCUACAGAAUACAUUGUGUAAAUGUGGACAUGAGAAUGCACGCACAAAGAUUUGAAAAAAGAAAAAAAGAAGUCCAUAUAAAUACGUUUUCAACACCUGAGAGAUGCCACUAGUCAUCAGCUGUAGGUUUUUAGGGAAGGAAGAACUACCAGUGUGCCCACAAGUGUGAGAUUCACACAGAUGAGAGGACCAAACGAGAGAGUGGCCACGGCUUUUAAUUAGCCAUCGCAAAGCCAUCUUUAUAGUCAGCACCAGAGCCAACUAUAAUUAUCCGGGGCUGACUAUGAAAAGGAUAAAGCCCCAGAUGGGACUUUAUCUUUUUUAUUGAUUUGUCUCAUCUUUUAGUUUCUUUUCAUUUUUGCCUGAUAUUCACUGAAUGGAAGAGCCUUAUUCAGUACAUGUUUUUACUUGUAUACCUCAUAUGUUUUAAAAUGUCCAUGUCAUCAUGCAUUUCUUUUUACACAACUGUAUACUAUUGUAUGUACAUAAAACAAAUAACAGUUCUAAUUAUGUAAUUUUUUUGUGUAUUUAUGGAAUCACUCUCCUGUGAGUUUUUUGUUCUGUGUUUUUCUUUGGUAAAACUUUAUAUUUUUCACUUUUUGUUGGUUUUAAGCUGUUUUCUUGCAUCAAAUAAUUUGCUUGUUGAUUUUAAAAGCAAUAGCAUGCAGAAAAUGGUAUAUAGCACAAUUGUGUAAAUGUUGUUUGAAUUAGUGAUGGGAAAUAUCAAACACUUCUGUCGAUAAAUAGCCGUAAUACAAUUUGUCAAAGGGUUUACAACCACAGUACUAUGUCCACAGGUGCAUGUUAUGUGCAGACGCAUAAGAGCAUGCAGGCAGGUACGAACACACUCACACAGACACUCUCUCUAUCUCUUGCAAACAAAUAUGCACAGACACUUUGCACAUCACACACUUUGCACCAUAGUUACACUCAAGAGCCAAGGUUAAUUGUGUUCUCCACCAAAUAGACCUGCUAAUAUCCUGCUUAAUAAUGAGGUUACCAAUUCACCAACAAGGUGAUCUCACUAACUAGCUGGGCCCACUGCCUCUAUUUCUGAAACAAACACAACAUUAUACACACAUCUCUACUCUCUACUCUCUCUCUACUACUACACACACACACACACAC